AUGCAGGAUCCACCCAGGAGGCUAUCUGUGGUGAAUGCACUAAGUACUUUUUUCCAGGGCCAAAAGCUGUCUGCUUCAGAAACACACUUGUGGCUACAGCGGAGGCAACAGCAGCAGCACAGCAGCUCCGUGGCCAAGAUGGUGUCCCCAUCCUCUUUCCGAGUGGUGGUGGCUGUGGCCUCUCUUAGCUGUGCAGAAGAAAAGCCAGUUUUGCCUGGGGAAAAAAGAAAUGUAGAGCGUCCAAUGCCAAAGUACACAAAAGUAGGGGAACGUUUACGACAUGUCAUUCCUGGACACAUGGCCUGUUCCAUGGCAUGUGGUGGUAGAGCCUGCAAGUAUGAAAACCCCACCCGCUGGAGUGAACAGCAGCAAGCCAUUAAGGGAGUCUACUCAUCUUGGGUCACUGAUAACAUACUUGCCAUGGCUCGCCCAUCCACUGAACUCAUUGAAAAGUACCACAUCAUUGAACAAUUUCAGAGCUGUGGCAUAAAAACCAUAAUUAAUCUUCAGCGUCCUGGAGAACACGCUAGCUGUGGGAACUCUUUGGAACAGGAAAGUGGUUUCACUUACCUUCCUGAAGCUUUCAUGGAAGCUGGCAUUUAUUUCUACAAUUUCGGAUGGAAGGAUUAUGGUGUAGCAUCUCUUACUACAGUCUUAGAUAUGGUGAAGGUGAUGACAUUUGCCUUACAGGAAGGAAGAGUAGCUGUUCAUUGUCAUGCAGGGCUUGGUCGAACAGGUGUCUUGAUAGCUUGUUACUUAGUUUUUGCAACAAGAAUGACUGCUGACCAAGCAAUUGUAUUUGUUCGAGCAAAGCGACCCAAUUCCAUACAAACUAGAGGACAACUCCUAUGUGUAAGAGAAUUUACACAGUUUCUGAUUCCUCUUCGCAAUAUAUUUUCUUGCUGUGAACCUAAAGCACAUGCUGUCACCUUAGCUCAGUAUCUAAUUCGCCAGCGUCAUCUACUUCAUGGCUAUGAAGCACGGCUUCUAAAACAUGUACCAAAAAUUAUUCAUCUCGUUUGCAAAUUAUUGCUGGACUUAGCUGAGAACAGGUCAGUGAUGAAGGAGGAAGUGUUAGACGUACCAGACCUCUCUGCUGAAAUAGAAAAGACAGUGUCUGAGAUGGUCACAGUGCAACUGGAUAAAGAGUUAAUGAGGCAUGACAGUAACACAUCAGAUCCUCAUAUUCCUGUGGCAGCAGCGGCAGCUCUUGAGAAUCAGGAUGUCGUUCUUUCCAGUGAACAAGAACUUGACCCUCUUUGGAAGAGAUGGAACAUUGAAGACCUUAAACCACUGACUCAUUUGAAAAGACGUCUCAGCUAUAGUGACUCAGAUUUAAAGCGGGCUGAGUUACUUUUAGAACAUAGUGUGACCCAGUGGAUGAUGCCUGCCCAAGUCUUGCUUUGCCAUAACAUCAAGGAACAGAAAACUGUAAGCCAAUGUUAUGUUCCUCAGUCUCCACAACUCCAUUUAAAUAAAGAAACGUUGGUCUGCCAUACAUUUUCUUUCUGGACUCAAGCUAAAUUUGGAAGCUUGCAAGGACUCAAAGAUGAUGAAUUACCACUAUUCCAGAAGCAUAUUCCAAAAGAAGUGCAUCAGAGUAGAACCUUUUCACCUGGUGUCUCAGCUUCAAACAACCCUAAAGAGCUAAUUAUACCCAACUUUGGAGCUAUCCAUAAGGAACCAAACCAUUGUCACCAUCAAGUGAAUCACUGUCAUUGUGACAGUCCUGAUAGUUGGGGUCAGAGGGCUAUCCUGUCAGGUGGUGGAACUUGCUGCCUCCCUCUUGAGUGUGAUUCUACUCCCAAAGUAAAAUUCUCUGUAGUACAUGAAGACAAAGAGAGCAAAAGCUUGGCUCAAGUAGCACCACAAGUUGCUUUGCCAUCUGAAUUGAGUGUUACAGCAAGGAGAAUACUGGCAGCUAAAGCUCUGGCAAAUCUAAAUGAGUUUGUAGAAAAGGAAGAAGUUAAAAAGAAGGUAGAAAUGUGGCAGAAAGAACUAAAUUCACGAGAUGCAGCUUGGGAAAAAAUACGUGGUGAACGAGAUCCUUUCAUCCUCAGCAGUUUGAUGUGGUCUUGGGUGGAACAACUGAAGGAACCUGUAAUAACCAAAAAAGAUGUGGACAUGUUGGUUGACAGACACACAGAUGCCGCUGAAGCACUGUUUUUGUUAGAAAAGGGUCAGCACCAGACAAUUCUUUGCAUUUUACAUUGCAUAGUGAAUCUGCAGACGAUUCCUGUGGAUGUGGAGGAAGCUUUCUUGACCCAUGCCGUCAAAGCUUUCACUAAGGUGAAUUUUGAUUCUGAAAAUGGACCAGUAGUUUACAACACCCUGAAGAAAAUAUUUAAGCACAUACUUGAAGAAAAAAGAAAAAUGGCAAAUGAUGAUCCUAAACCUGACUUUUAG